UCAGCCUGGUUACGGCGGUCCACCACCCCAGCAAGGAUAUGGUCAACCACCAGGUUACGGUGGCCCCCCACCAGGCCAGCUUGAAAUGGGUCAUGGGCCGUAUCCCUCGAUAGGCCCUGGUGGUGGAGUCAAUCCUCAAGUACAACAAUGGUUCCGUGCAGUCGACAAAGACCAAUCUGGCUUUAUUACUGCUAAUGAGCUCAGGGCAGCACUAAUAAAUGCUCAGGGUCAAUCGUUCUCUGAAACUGCCUGUAAUUUGAUGAUCGGGAUGUUUGAUAAAGACCGCUCGGGGCACAUAAAUGUGGAAGAAUUUGAGAAACUGUACACCUAUGUUAACCAGUGGCUGGCUGUGUUCAAGACUUAUGAUACGGAUCAAUCUGGAAACAUCGAAGAGAAUGAACUGGCCGAUGCAUUGACAAAAAUGGGAUUCCGGUUUACACCAGAUUUCGUGAACUUUUUGAUGAAAAGAUGCACUAGCGGGAAAGUUUCCGUAGACAGCUUCAUUGUGUUGUGUGUGCAGAUACAACGUUUUACUGAAGCUUUUAGAACACGCGACACACAACAAAACGGAACCGUUACUAUCGGAUUUGAAGAUUUCCUGACUGUUGCGCUAAGUUGCUCCAUUUGA